AUGAGAGGCACGGCGUGCUUAUUAGGCCGCACAUGUACUCACAACGUGCCGCCAGAGCGCACCCAACACCAUGCGUCUUCUAAAAUUCGACGAACAGGGCGAACUCAGCCUAACCGACUACCCUCCCGACAGCAUCCAACCUACGCGAUCCUCUCGCAUAUAUGGGGAGAUGAUAAGGACGAGGUCGAUUUCGACGAUCUAAAACACAAAUCGUUCAAGAACAAGGCCGGCUAUGCGAAGAUCCGAUUCUGCGGCGAGCAAGCCAAGAAGGUAAACAUCGAAUACUUCUGGGUGGACACCUGCUGCAUCAAUAAAGCGAACAAUACGGAAUAUUCGGAGGCCAUUAACUCAAUGUUUCGCUGGUACCACGAUGCCGUCAAAUGCUAUGUCUACCUGGCCGACGUGCUAAUCCCUAACGGAGAAGACCACACAGAACGGAUAUGGGAGCGGGCCUUCCGCAACAAACUACUGGCGCCGGCAUCGGUGGAGUUCUUUUCGCGCGAAGGGCAAUGGCUAGGCAGCAGAAGCACCCUUGAACUGCAGAUCCACGAGAUCACGGGCAUUCCAAUUACGGCGCUCCGCGGCACGCCCUUAUCUCAAUUUAGUGUGGACGAUCGCAUACAGUGGGCGGCGAAACGGAAUACCAAGAAGAAGGAGGACAAGGCAUACUGUCUGCUCGGGAUUUUUGGUAUCUUCAUGCCUCUCAUCUAUGGCGAAGGAGACCACGCUUUCAUCCGGCUGAACAAAGAGCUCGGUCGAUCUCCGCCGAGCACAAACUUGGAGAGUGGCAACAUACAUCCGGACAGAGGUUUCGCCUUCCCCCUGGAGCAUCGAAAAGACCUCGGUAGAGAAGCAGUUUUCUCUGUCCAAGAGUGGCUCACUGCCUCGGAAAAUGGCAAUUGGCUACUGUUAUUGGACGGUUGGGAUAACUUAAACGACGAGAGGAUGGGGUCUUUGAUCCCUCAUGGUGGUUCUGGUGUGAUCUUGAUUACAAGCCGAAGGGAAGACUGGGCUCGACAUGGAGAUGGUCUCGAUCUCCCGUUUAUGAAGGAGGCAGCUUCGUUGGCACUACUUUCAAAAAGCUCUUUGACGGAGUACGGGCAGGGUAACCCGGAAGAAUUCGAUGCUGCGAAAGAGAUUGUGAGAGUACUGGGGAAUCUACCUUUGGCCGUUGAUCAAGCAGGAGCACAUAUCCAUAAUCUGAAGACGCCGGCCAGAAAAUACCUCUCACGCCUUAAGGAAAACGCAGAUACGCUGAGUUGGACGCCGCCGAUUAACGUGUGGCCAUAUGGCAAGGGUGUACUAAGUGCUUGGGACUUGACUUUCCAAGAGCUUGAAAGUUCGAGCCCUAAGGUUCUUGAGAUAUUGCAGGUUUGUGUGUUUCUUGCUGGCGAGUACAUUAGCGAAAACUUGCUCAAGUUUGGGUUCAAAUUUGCGCAAAAGGACGCCCUAGCUCGGGUCGUGGAAGACGGCAUGGGAGACUUGUUCUCCUUCUCUCUCGCGAAACGGGAGGGCGAUGAUGACGGGUUUUCAAUCCAUACAGUUCUUCAAGCAUGUAUUCGCCAAAGACUAUCUAGAUUACCCGGCCUUCAAAGACAAGAAUUUACGGAAACUGCACUCUUGGUUGUUGCCGGUGCUGUGCAGAAAUUGACAUCGGAGCGCCAACAAGAUUGGUUUUCUUGUCGGCAAGUGCUGUCACAUAUUACAAGCUGUGAGAAGCAUAUCGAUGACACCUUGCCGCGCAAGCCAAUUUUUGGCUCCACAAGAGCGCUCUUCAUGCUCGGACAGUUCUGCGAUAAGUUCGGUCGACACGAUCAGGCAAUUAGCUGGUUCCAGAGAGAACUCAACACAGUGCCACACCUAUCCGCGCAAUCAACAUUAGAAUGCCGUGACGGCGUUUCAUCAGCCAAGCUCCUUAAAGGCCAGUAUAAUGAGGCAUUGGCCGAACUUCAUGCUCUCUAUACCGAAGCGACUGCUCAACUUGGUGUACAACAUGUAUUAACCAACAAAAUCGCCCAUAGUCUGGGUAUGACUUACAAGAAGACCGGAUCGUUCGAAAACGCUUUGGAGUGGUACAUGGCGUCCCUCCCACAAAUAACGGAGAUAUUCGGCGAAAAAGAUCACAGAGCACUUGCCACUUUGAACAACAUCGCGGUGAUCUACAAAGAACAGAAAAAGUAUGGAGAGGCGUUCAAAAUAUAUCAGAAUGUACUAAGGAAAAAGGAGGAAGCAUUAGGGGAGGAAGACCUCUCCACGCUUGAAACAGUCAUGAAUAUCGGCAUCUUGUACUGGCACUGGAAGCUAUACGACGAGGCGCCUCAAUUCCUGCAACGCGCUCUCUGCGGAAAGGAGAAGCAACUGGGAAAAGAUGAUCCCAAAACCCUUGCAGUGAAAGGCAAUAUCGCCAACGUGUAUCUCGGAAGCGGUCGGCUCGACGAGGCUAUCAAGCUACAUAAGGAGACGUAUCAUGGCUAUAAAAAGGUCUAUGGGCCGGAGCAUCCUGAGGUAUUUACCAAGGCCGGUUGGCUAGGGGAGGACUAUUGCCAAAAGCGGUGCUACGCCAAAUCACUUGAAUGGUAUGAAGAGGCAUUGUCUGGUAGGAAGAGACUACAUGGUGAGCAUAACGCCCAAACCUUGGAGACCGUUGUGAGUAUGGCAGGAGUCUUCCAAUUCCAAGGCCAAUUUUAUCGGGCAUUGACUUGGUAUAGUUGGGCUUUGGAGAGAUUCAGACAUGGUUUUGCCUCGGAACACUUUGGGACACAAUCGGCGGAACGUCAGCUCAGGGCUCUCAUUCUGCGAUGGCACCGGUUCUCAGAAGAGAUGCAAUCUAGGAUGACAAGCGAAAAUCAUCCGUCUUAA